AUGGAAGUGCAGGUCAAGAGGACUUUGGUCGUGCCGCCGCCGCCGACAUGCGAGACGGAGGAGGUGCCGCUUACCGUGUUCGACCUCGUCGCGCCGACGUACCACGUCACCGUCCUCUUCGCCUUCUCGCCUCCCAACCCGACCACCCGCGCCCUCCUCGACGCUCUCUCCGCCAUGCUCCCGCACUUCCCGCUCCUCACCGCGCGCCUCGAGCGCCGCGGCGCCCGUCGCCGCCCGUUCUUCGUCACGGGCAGAGGUGGCGCCGGCGCACUCGUCGUGGAGGCCGAGGUGUCGUCCGAGCUCGCUGACCACCUCCCGCUCGCGCCGUCGCCGGAGCUCGCGCGCCUCCACCCGCCGGUCAACACGGACGCGCCGACGCCGCAUGUGCUGCUGGUGCAGAUCAACCGGUUCGCGUGCGGCGGCCUCGUGGUCACCUUACAUACCAAUUAG